AUGAAGGUCCCAAACUCUGGCAUAGUCUUCACGGCUGUGAACCUACUCGCCUCCACCAGCAGCGCAGAACCUAUCAGAAGGGCGAAAUGUGGACUCCCGUUGGUCCAAGAUAAAGCUCUAGUAGACUCUGUUCUCCUAGACGACCUGCUGGGUUGCGCGCAGGACUUGGAAAAUAUAGCCUACUCAACUUCGAGGCGAAACCGAGUCCACGGCACAGAAGGCCAUCUAAACAGCGUCAAUUACUUCGUCGAGCAGCUCAAGUCGUUAGGCGACUAUUACAACGUCGAGCUACAGGAGUUCACGACAGAGGUGACUCUCCAGUCUAAGGAGUCCUUAUCGAUCAACGGUGAGACACUCGAAGCUGGGGGCUUCUCAUUCGGCAAUAACGGGACUUGGACGGAUAAGCCAUUGGUUUCCGUGGCCAAUUUUGGCUGCAAUGCCGAAGACCAUCCAGACUCCUUGAACGGCGUCGUCGCUCUAAUCGCUCGAGGUAACUGUACCUUCGUUGAAAAAAUCACUCUCGCCGGGGAGAAAGGUGCUAUCGGCGCUAUCAUUUACAACAACGCGGCCGCAGGUCUCGCGGCCGGCACUCUUGGUGGCGUGAAUGACCUAAUCCCAGUCGGUGGUAUCUCGCGAGCAGAUGGUCUACGCCUCGUCGAACAAAUCGAGAGUAACGCAGCACUGGUCUCCUCAGGCGAAUUCUGGCAGUACAUCGACAACACGACGAGCUACAACGUAGUCGCUAGCUCCAAGCACGGCGACGCUAAUAACGUAUUGUUCCUAGGCGCGCACAGUGACUCUGUUGAGGCUGGCCCGGGCAUCAACGAUAACGGCAGCGGCUCAUGCGGACUACUGACUAUUGCUAAGCAGCUCUCACGCUGGCGCACCAAUAACCAAGUACGCUUUGCAUGGUGGACGGCUGAGGAGGAGGGUCUGCUGGGGUCAGAGCACUACGUCAACGUCACCGCGGCCUCGGAGCUCGACAAGGUCCGAUUAUACCUCAACUUUGAUAUGAUUGCCUCGCCAAACUAUGUGCUCGGCAUCUACGACGGCGACGGCAGCUCCUUUAAUCUGUCUGGUCCAGCUGGGUCCGCACAGGCUGAGAAGCUAUUUGAGGACUGGUACAAGUCGGAAGGCCUGCCUUUUGUAGGAUCUGAGUUCAACGGACGGAGUGACUACGGGCCUUUCCUAGACCAGGGUGUACCGUGUGGAGGCUUGGAUACCGGUGCGGAUGGUAUUAAGACCGACGAGGAGGUCACGCUCUUUGGCGGUACGGCAGGUAUCUGGUACGACCCGAACUACCACUCGGCCCAAGACAAUGUGACGAACUUAAACCUCGAUGCCUUCGAGGCGACGAGCCGGGCCAUUGCCCAUGCGGUCGCGACGUACGGUACUAGCUGGCAAGGCUUCCCGACACGCAAUGUCACGUCAUUGACCAGGAGGUCAUCGGGCUACUCAAAGAAGUUUGCGAAGUCCAAGGGUGAAAAGCGAGCCUAUUAG